AUGACAUUUGAUACAUUUGAUUGGGAAAAUGAUCAAGGAUGGAAAAGUUAUUUAAAUAACUUACUCAUCCCUGUUAAUGCAGAUAGUGAUGCUAUUUUAUUUAAAUUUAAACAAAAAUACUACAAGAAUAAUGUUGAUAGUGAUUACAUUAUCAAAGAGUUUAAGAAAUCUUCUUCUUCUUCUUCUUCUUCUUCAUCUACAUCUAAUUCAUCAUCUACUUCACAAAGACCAAGUACUACUUCUUCAUCCUCAUCAUCAAAUACUUCAUCAACAAGACAAAAUACAAACUCUAACAGUAGCAGACCAUCACCAGCACCAUCAGCAUCUGCACCACCACCACCACCAGCAACACAAUCAAAGUUUACAAAAAUACUUUACAUUGCAUGGGUAGUUGCUCAAAUAUCAACAUUUGUAUUUAGUUUGGCAUUCCUUAUACUUGGUAGACCAGUAUUUUAUUAUAGAGCAUUCUUGGCUGGUAUUAUCGGUUACUCCAUCCCAUUAUUUCAAACAUUUGAGGGAAGAUUCAAUAGAUCACAAAUUGAUGUUAUAUUAAAGAAUGAGAAUACACACUUUCUUGGAUUUUGUUUGAUAUUCUAUAUCCUAAGUGGACAACCUUCAAUAGUAAACCUUGCACCAAACCUUAUCUACUCUUUCUUUCAUAUUGUUCCAAUUGCUCGUCCAUACAUUCGAAUCCCAUUCGUACUAAAGUAUCUCGAUCUUGCUCAAACCAAGAAACAAACUGCAAUUCAAUUGGCUGUUUCAACUGAAGCAAUGAUUAUGCUUGGUUUAAUUUUUGGUUUAUUUACUGGAGGAUCAUCAAUCAUUAUAAUCUUUGUUUAUUAUAAAUUCCUAAAAUUAAGAUAUAAUACCAAUAACUUGAGUCAACUCAUUUGGAAUGAAUAUGGUAAUCGUGUUGAAGAGUUGACAAGAAAGCCAUGGAUGCCAUCAAUGGUUUCCAAUAUAAUAUUAAAAAUUAAGGCCUUUGUUUCAAGAUAA